AUGCAUUGGCGAUUAGUGUCUUCCUUCAAUUUGGGAUCACAGCUGGGGCAAUUAUCUAUCUAUAUGUCUAUGUGUGCAUGCCAUUUUAUUCACAUCUAUAUAGCUAUAUAUUUAGCUCAUUUCUUUCAUAUCUAUCUAUCUAUCUAUCUAUCUAUCUAUCUAUCUAUCUAUCUAUCUAUCUCAUUACUUCAUGUAUAUUUAUCUAUCAAUAUAUCGGAUUUUGCUCAUGAUCUAUGUAUAUCUUUUUAUUCACAUCUAUCUAUCUAUCUAUCUAUCUAUCUAUCUAUCUAUCUCAUUUUGUUCAAUAUCUAUCUAUCUAUCUCAGUUUGUUCAAUAUCUAUCUAUCUAUCUAUCUAUCUAUCUAUCUAUCUAUCUAUCUAUCUAUCUCUGUUCAUAUCUAUCUAUCUAUCUAUCUAUCUAUCUAUCUAUCUAUCUAUCUAUCUAUCUCUGUUCAUUAUCUAUCUAUCUAUCUAUCUAUCUAUCUAUCUAUCUAUCUAUCUAUCUAUCUAUCUAUCGAGAAGUACUGAAGUAAGAAUGGAGGAAGUCGAACGAGGCUUUGCUAGGAACUACAUUCAACUAUCUAUCUAUCUAUCUAUCUAUCUAUCUUGA